AUGUACUCUUCCCAGCCGCAGGCAUCUCCUUCCCAGCAAUGGGACAAUCAACAACCCCGCCACUCAGUCUCAAGAGAGUUUGCCCCAAUUCCAGACCUCCCCCCUGCUCAAUCCCAGUCUCUCAGCUCCUCUCGUUCCAACAGAGAUCUUCCAAACGUUCCGUCCAAUCUGCCAGAACCCGAGCAGGAAUAUUUUGAUCAGUCGCCAGAGCAGGAGGAUGACAACGACGACUUUUUCAACGGUGGCACAGCUAACCACAAUGGCGGACUCCAUCCAGCGUCAUCAUACAAUCCCGCCGUAGGAGAUUAUCGUACUGCUGGGUCAGUCGCCACACAGUCUGUGCGAUCCCCCUCUCCCCCUCAGGGUCCUAUUCUCGACCACUCUCAUCUGCGUCCUGGAAACCAUGCCGCCCUUCUUUCACACGAACGAACCCUCGAGUUAUACAGGGCCAAUGCCAAGAAGACACAGGAUCCUGAUCUCCAGUUCGAAUUCGCUGUAUUCAUGAUCGAUGCCUCCAAAUCUAUGCCCAUUCCUGUCCAGACGCCUGGUAAUGUUAUGGAGGUAGAAAAAGCCAUAGAUAAACGUGAGGACCUUAUUCGAGAAGCUAUGGGACUCUUGAAGCGCCUCGCCGACAGAGGCCAUCCACAAAGUCAAUAUUUUCUGGCCGAUUGCUAUGCAAAUGGAAUUGGUACCGUCAAGAACAAGCAAGAUUUUGACCGCGCAUAUCCCCUAUUCGUCUUGGCGGCUAAACACAAUGUUCCUGAUGCUGCCUACCGCGCCGGUGUAUGCUGUGAGAACGGUUGGGGAUGCAGACGCGAGUCUCCCAAAGCAUUGCAAUUUUUUCGCAAAGCAGCCGCUGCCUUGCAUCCAGGAGCAAUGUAUAGGCUCGGUAUCGCAGAACUCAACGGCGAACUCGGUCUCUCAAAAAGCCCUAAGGAAGGCGUAAAAUGGCUCAAGAGAAGCGCAGAAAAUGCGACGGCCGAAUUUCCCCAUGCCCUGCACGAACUUGCUUUGCUCCAUGAGCGGGGCAUAGAUAAUGUGCUUUUUGUGGACUACGAAUACUCUACGGAACUAUUGGCCCAAGCUGCGGAAUUGGGAUAUGCGCCUAGCGCAUAUAGGCUUGGAGAGUGCUAUGAAUACGGUAAAAUGGGGUGUCCUCAAGACCCGGCAUUGUCAAUACACUAUUACAAUAUUGCCGCUCAGCAAAAUCACCGUGAUGCAUGCUUUGCCCUGACGGCAUGGUACCUUGUGGGCUCCCCAGGCGUGCUACCCCAAUCAGACACAGAGGCAUUUCUUUGGGCACAAAAAGCCGCGGAUGCUGGGCUUGCGAAGGCAAUGUAUGCUGUCGGUUACUUUUUAGAGGUCGGCAUCGGGACAACAGCCAACAUGCAAGAGGCGAUUUCAUAUUAUAAACGUGCUGCCGAGUUGGGAGACAAGCGUGCCGCUCAACGCUUGCGUGGCUCUCAAAGCCAGCCAAUGCACCAACCUGGCGGACCGGGCUCGGUACUCCAUCGCGGAGAAGAGUCCAAUGGAAAGGGCGGGAAAGACAAGGACUGUAUCAUCAUGUAG